UACCUCAGAUUUCUAGCGGAAGAGAAAAACCUGUAAUCCGAGGACCAGUAAAUCGAAUGCUACUCACCAACAUUUCGGAACAGGUUACCAACCGAGAGAUCCAUCACUGUCUCAGUCCCACCGUUCCCUAAGGUGGAGCUGGGAUCUGUUCCUGGAAAGGCAUUUUUGGAAGUAAAGAUGGAGGCUGGAGGGGAGCGCUUCCCUAAACAAAGGCAAGUCUUGAUUCUCUUUCUAUUGUUGGGAGAGGCUCUGGCCGGUUCGGAAUCCCACCGCUAUUCCGUAAUGGAGGAAAUGGAGAGCGGCUCGUCUGUGGCCAAUCUGGCCAAGGACCUGGGGCUGGGAGUGGGGGAGCUAGCUGCGCGGGGAGCCCGCGUGGUCUCUGAGGAUAACGAACCCCGGUUGCAGCUUGAUCUGCAGACCGGGGAGUUGAUAUUAAAUGAGAAACUGGACCGGGAGAAGAUGUGUGGUCCCAUUGACCCAUGUGUAAUGUAUUUCCAAGUGUUAUUGAAAAAACCAUUGGGAGUAUUUCGAGCUGAGCUACUGGUGAGAGACAUAAACGAUCAUUCUCCUGAGUUUCCUGAAAGAGAAAUGACUCUGAAAAUCCUAGAGAAUAGACCUCCUGGAACCGUGUUUCCUCUGAAAACAGCCCAGGAUUUGGACGUGGGUAGCAACAAUAUCCAAAGCUACAUUAUUAGUCACAACUCUCAUUUCCAUGUUUCCACCCGCAACCGGGGAGAUGGCAGGAAAUACCCAGAGCUGGUGCUCGACAAAGAGCUGGAUCGCGAGGAGCAGGCAGAGCUCAGAUUAACCCUCACCGCGCUGGACGGCGGCUCUCCGCCCAGAUCUGGCACCGCCCAGGUCCGCAUCUUGGUUUUGGAUGUCAAUGACAACGCCCCUGAGUUCGCGCAGGCACUCUACCAGGUGCAGGUCCCAGAGAACAGCCCUGCAGGCUCUCUAAUUGUCAGGGUCUCUGCUACAGAUUUAGAUACCGGGACAAAUGGAGAGCUAUCAUACUCCCUUUUUUAUAGUUCCCAGGAGAUAAGCACAACUUUUGAGCUAAACAGCCUUUCAGGAGAAGUUCGACUAAUUAAAAAACUAGAUUUUGAGACAAUAGACUCAUAUGAGCUGGAUAUAGAUGCUUCUGAUGGCGGGGGACUAUCUGGAAGAUGUGCUGCCUUCAUUGAGGUGGUGGAUGUUAAUGAUAACGCCCCAGAACUAACGAUUUCAUCACUUACCAGCCCCAUUCCUGAAAAUGCCCCGGAGACAGAAGUGGCCCUGUUCAGGAUUAGAGACCGAGACUCGGGGAACAACGGAAGGAUGACUUGCUCCAUCCCGGAUGAUCUCCCCUUCCUCCUGAAACCAUCUGAGGAGAAUUUCUAUACUCUGGUGACACAUGGGGAGCUGGACCGAGAGAGCCAAGCCGACUACAACAUCACCAUCACCGUCACCGACCUGGGGACACCCAGGCUGAAGAGCCAGCACAGCAUCUCCGUGCAGGUGGCCGACGUCAACGACAACGCCCCGGCCUUCAGCCAAAGCGCCUACACCCUGUGGGUCCGCGAGAACAACAGCCCCGCCCUGCACAUCGGCAGCGUGAGCGCCACCGACCCGGACUCGGGCGCCAACGCGCGGGUCACCUACUCGCUGCUGCCGCCCGGCGACGCGCGCCUGCCGCUGGCCUCGCUGGUGUCCAUCAACGCGGACACCGGGCAGCUGUUCGCGCUGAGGCCCCUGGAUUUCGAGGCGCUGCGCGCCUUCGAGUUCGGCGUGAGCGCGGCCGACGGCGGCUCGCCGGCGCUGAGCAGCCAGGCGCUGGUGCGCGUGCAGGUGCUGGACGCCAACGACAACGCGCCCGUCGUGCUGUACCCGCCGCAGAACGGCUCUGCGCCCUGCACCGAGCUGGUGCCGCGCGCGGCCGACGCGGGCUACCUGGUGAGCAAGGUGGUGGCGGUGGACGGCGACUCGGGCCAGAACGCCUGGCUGUCGUACCAGCUGCUCAGGGCCACGGAGCCCGGGCUGUUCGGCGUGUGGGCGCCCAGCGGCGAGGUGCGCACGGCCCGGCUGCUGAGCGAGCGCGACGCGUCCAGGCACAGGCUGGCGGUGCUGGUGCGCGACCACGGCGAGCCGCCGCUGUCGGCCACCGUCACGCUGCACGUGCUGCUGGUGGACGGCUUCUCGCAGCCCCACCUGCCGCGGGCCGAGGCGGCGGCCGAGCAAGCGCGGGCCGAGCCGCUCACCGUGUCCUUGGUGGUGGCCCUGGCGGCGGUGUCGUCGCUCUUCCUGCUGUCGGUGCUGGGCGUCGUGGCGGCGCGGCUGUGCGCGAGGGCCCGGGCGGCGUCUGCGGGGGGCUGCUCGGGGCCCGGGGGCGGCCUUGCGGGCCACGUGGUGGACGUGAGCGGCGGCGGGACGCUGUGCCGGGCCUACCGCUAUGAGGUGUGCCUGUCGGGAGGCUCUGAGGAGAAAUUUGCAAGUGACCUCCUUGCGCCUUUAGGGCAGAGCCUGGAGCCCAGAUGUGGAGCUUUAAGCCCAGCCAAAGCAGUUUUCCUGGAUGGAUUUCUACCUUGGGACAAGGGACUCACUUUAUUCUUUUCAUUUUCUCUCUUUUUGAGGUAAAAUGUUUGUAAUUGUUACCCUGCCUGUCCUACUAUUGUAUGGUAAGGAGAGGAGAUGAUUUGUUUAGAUUCACUAGUGCAUAGAUGGAGAGGAAUCAUGUCCAGGGUGGGGUAAUACUCAGGGUGUUACCCAUACCUAAUUUAGAUGAUUUAGGUGAUGAAGUGUGGGAUUUUUGAGCUGAUCAUAUUUGGAUGAAAUUAUGCACUGAGUUGGUAUGGGAAUGACAUGAGAUCUUUGGGAAUCUUGAGUGUAUUUUUUAUGUGGGAUGGAUGUGAAUCUCUGGGGACCAGAGGGUAGACUGUAAUAGGGAAAAUAAUGGUCCCAUGAAGUAUCCAUGUCCUAAUCUCUGGAAUCUGUGAACACCUUACAUUAUGUAGCAAAGGGUAAUUAAGGUUGUUGAUGAAAUUAAGGUUGAUCAUCAACUGACUUUAAAAUAAGGAGAUUACCCUAGAUUAUCUAGGAGAAUCUAGUGCACGCAUAAGAGCCCUUAAUAAGAAGUGCAAGUGAGAAGCAGAAGAGUCAGUAUAGGAGUGAUGUUAUGUGAAAAGACUGAACCAACCAUUACUAACUUUGAUGAUAGAAAGAAGCCGUUAUUAAAAGACUGCGGGUAGCCUCAGAAUCCAGGAAAGUCUAGAAAAUGUAUUCUCCCUCAGAACCUCCAGAAAGGAAUGCAGCCCUACCUUACAUUAGCCCAGUUUAACUUUUGAUCUCCAGAACUGUAAGAUAAUAAAUUUGUGUUUUCAAGCCACUAAAUUUGUGAUAAUUUGUUACAGCAGCAAUAGGAAAUGAAUAUAAAUGGCUACUAACACAGCCAUUUCUAAGCCCAUUUUUCUUUGCCUUGCCCUAGUGUAGGACAAAGUAUUUAUAUUCCCAUCACCCCUUCCAGAUCACCCCUACCAGAAUCCACUAUUGCUAAUGAUUUAAAAGUACAACUGGGGGAUUGGACUUAAGGGAAAUGUUUUUGAAAGCGGCGGUCUGAGGGGUAUAUUCCUUAGGCCUUUUGCCCAUUUUCCUUUUCCUUAACUGGCAUGGGUACUGGGAGUAAACCUUAAAUUGAAGCAGCCACCUUGCAGUCAUAAGAGAAAUACCAUAAAACAAAGGUCUGUAUACCAGAUAUGAUAAGAUGGAAAGCCCCCUGAAUUUCUUACAGCAUUGUUAAGCUGCUACACCAACUCUGCACUGCCUUCUCCCAGGCUUUGUGUUGCAUGAUAUAAAUAAGCCCCUAUGGGAUUAAGCAACUGUUGAUGAAAAAGACAAAUGCAUUUCAAACUGACACAAUCUCUUGUUGAUUUACACAGUUGUCUCACUAGCUCCCAGGUUGUCUAUUUAAGUUGUGAGAGAUGCUUGUCAGAAAAGUUUUGCUUUCCCAUAUGUGUUAAAAGGGAGAGUACUCUGAGCUACUGUGGCUGACUUUAUGUCUUUCUUGAGUAGUCUAUCAACUUGGCUAGUACAAGCAUACACAUAUAAUUGAACUUUCAAGGGCAUAUGCCUGGCUAGGAGCAACCCAAAACAGCUGAGCUUUGGAGAAUAGAAUGGGAAGAUGGGUUGAUCAAUGCCAGCUAUACUUUUAUACCCACGUUUGUGGUGUCAUGCCCAGAUGACUAGGAUGUUUAUGUGGUGAUCCAGAACACUGGCUUCCCUUUUAGGCAAGGAAGCAUCAGGGCACCAAUUUUACAUCAUAAAAAACAUUGACUAAAUAUGUGUCCUGAAAAUGUUCAUAAGUGGAUCAGCAAGCUACAUGUUUUGGUAAAAUACACCUGGUGGAAGGAUCAGAAAUUUCUAACAACCUUUUCGAUAUACAGAAAUGUGUAUUUUGAAAUAGGUCCAGAGACCCUAAUGUGUCAGUAUCCACACUCCUCACCUAUAUUACUUAAUAAAUAUUUUAUUGGUAAACUGUAGAAUUUAAAGGCAUCUCUAAAGACUUAAUAUUUAUGUCUUUUUUGAUUGAUCUUGAAGAGAGCAUUAAUUCCAGUUUUCCAGCAUAGUCAUGAAAAAUCAAUAAAAUCUAUCAUAACACAUGAA